AUGCCACUUCUCGUCGUUACUGGUUACCCGUCUUGUGGUAAGUCGACGAUUGUUCAACGAAUCGGCGAAUUUAUUGCUAGCAGAGGGAAAGAGGCAUUCAUCGUACGAGAUGAUGACUACACUCUUUUCAGCAGAAACGAUUACAAUAAUUUGGCUAAAGAGAAGGAACAUCGGUCCUUUUUACGAUCUUCCGUGGAGAAAAACCUGAACCAGAAGACUAUUGUAAUAUGUGAUGCUCUGAAUUAUAUAAAGGGAUAUAGGUAUGAAUUAUUUCUUCUUGCCAAGCUCUGUAGAACUACAUAUGCUGUCGUGCAUAGUGGUGCCGAUGAAAGUACUUGCAAAUGGCUGAAUAAGCAAAAGGAAGAACAUGUGAGGUAUAAAGAGACAACAAUCGACGAUUUGAUAACGCGAUACGAGAAACCGGAUUCGCGUAAUCGGUGGGACUCUCCACUAUUCGAGGUUAAAAUUGGAAAAAUUCCUGAUGACAUGAAUGUUGACUUAGAGUAUCCAUCACCGAAAUUCGCCACAAUCCCUAUGGAUGAAAUUUUCAAGUGGAUUUGCGAGGGUGUGGCACUGACGCAAAACCAAAGUACCCAAGUCACCCCUUUAACACCUGUGGACUUUCUUCAUGAGCUUGCCUGUGUCACACAAGAAGUGGUUAGCGCAAUUAUCGAGGGCCAGCGGAAUGCUCCGGUUGGGUGUUACAUAGUGAUUCCAGCAUCACAACCAGAUAACAAUAAGAAAACCCGGACACUAGGCGAACUAACGCGACUACGGCGGCAGUUUAUUAACAUGUCUAGGACAAAUCCUAUCAAUAACAAGUCGAAGAUAGCGUCCUUGUUCAUUCAUUUCCUUAACAACAAUUCAUAG